AUGGAAGUGAAAGAGGAGAGUCAAGCUGAAGUGGAUGAGAAACAUCAGAUUGUAAAAAUAAACCAUAAUGUUUCACAGAAAGAAACUCUGAAGACAGAAGACAUAAAGUGUGAAAAGAGUUUCAAUGAAGAUGAACGCCCUGCAGAUCACAAGAGGACUCACAGUGAGGAGAAACCUUUCACAUGUCAACAGUGUGGAAAGAGUUUUAGAAGAAAAGCUCACCUUAAAGAUCACAAGAGGACUCACAGUGAGAAGAAACCUUUCAAAUGUCACCAGUGUGGAAUGAAUUUUAACCGUAAAUCGAGCCUUACCCGGCACAUGAAAGCUCACAGGGGGGAAAAGCCACACGCCUGCCAGCAUUGUGACAAGAGUUUCCAAGAUACAAGUCAACUUAAGAUACACAUUAGAGUUCACACUGGAGAGAAACCUUACACGUGUCAUCUGUGUGGAAAGAGUUUCACAUUUCAAACAAGCCUUAACCAUCACAUGAAAACUUGCAGUGGGGAAAAGCCACACGCGUGCCAUCAUUGUGACAAGAGGUUCCAAUGUACAAGUGAACUUAAGAUACACAUGAGGUCUCACACUGGAGAGAAACCUUACACGUGCCAUCAGUGUGGAAAGAGUUUUACAACUGCAAGUGUCCUUAACAGACAUUUGAGAAUUCACACUGGAGUGAAACCUUACACAUGUCAACUAUGUGGAAAGAGUUUCAACUUUCAAGCGAGCCUUAACCUCCACAUGAAAACUCACAGUGAGAAAAAGCUGCACGCAUGCCAUCAUUGUGAAAAGAGUUUCCCAUAUGAAAGUCAACUUAAGAGACACAGGAGGUCUCACACUGGAGAGAAACCUUACACGUGUCAUCUGUGUGGAAAGAGUUUCACAUUUCAAACGAGCCUUAAACGGCACAUGAAAAUUCACAGUGACAAGAGAUUCCCAGAUACAAGUAAACUUAAGAUACACAUGAGGUCUCACACUGGAGAGAAACCACAUGUGUGCCAUCAGUGUGGAAAGAGUUAUACAAUUGCAAGUGUCCUUAACAGACAUUUGAGAAUUCACACUGGAGUGAAACCUUACACAUGUCAACUAUGUGGAAAGAGUUUCAACUUUCAAGCGAGCCUUAACCUCCACAUGAAAACUCACAGUGAGAAAAAGCUGCACGCAUGCCAUCAUUGUGAAAAGAGUUUCCCAUAUGAAAGUCAACUUAAGAGACACAUGAGGUCUCACACUGGAGAGAAACCUUACAGAUGCCAUGAGUGUGAAAAAGGUUUCAGAAGUAAAGGCAACCUUACGACACACAUGGCAAUUCACAUGGAAGAGAAACCUCACACAUGUCUUCAGUGUGGAAAGAGUUUCAGUUUGGAGUAUCACCUUAAGAGACACAUGAUGAUUCACAGUGAAAAGAAACCUCAUGCAUGUCUCCAGUGUGAAAAGAGUUUCCCAUAUGAAAGUCAACUUAAGAGACACAUGAUGAUUCACACUGGAGAGAAACCACAUGUGUGCCAUCACUGUGGAAAGAGUUUUACAACUGCAAGUGUCCAUAAAAGACAUUUGAGAAUUCACACUGGAGAGAAACCUUACACUUGUCAACUAUGAAAAUUCUUGUGAAACGUCAUCAGUCACGGCUCAAGUACUGUUCCAAUUCCAAGUUUGCAUCAAGUCAAGUUCACAUAACAUCUCCGGAUGUGUUCUUGAUCUGCUCAUUUAAUUGAGGAUGCAUCAGCAGGUGACUUGUGUGGACUUAUCACAGCCAAGUUUCUCAGAAUGCAUUUUGUGUCAACGGCAAUGAAGCUUAAAACCGGCACAAUAUUUGAAAUAUUACUCUUUCUGUGUCAUACAAUACAGCCGUUUAGUCAAGAAUAUAGCUGAAUAAACUUUAAAUCUCUGGGUCGGUUUCCUCUGACAAUUUUGGAUAUGUGAGUUCAAGUUAAUCAGCGGGCGGUCAGUGCCGUGUACACCGCCAAGGGCAGCCUUUUUUUGGCAAGUCGUUUUGAAAUUUCCUGCUGGCUCAGUGCAGCUGCUCUGCCCUUCGGUGUCUGAUGGUCAAACACGAAAUAUUUCCUUUGGAUAUAUCUAACUGGCAUUUUUCUGUCUUUUUAUUAUUCAUAUGAAGUCUGUUAUUUGUUAUUAUCGUUUUAACUGAUGUUAAAUUUAAGUUUCAUAACUUAAAUCACAUAUAUUUUCUAUAGAAUCUUAACACUAGAUCACUGCCUUUAUACUUUAACUAGAUUUUUUAACUUGUAUUAACUUCAUGUUGUACAAAAGUUUUGUUAUAAUAAAUGGUUGUGUUUUA